GCAAAAUCAAAUACUCUGAACGAAUCUACGAUGCCUGCAUGGAAGCAUUUGACUGUCUACCACUGGCUGCCCUCAUGAACGGACAGUUUCUUUGUGUUCACGGAGGACUUUCACCUGAAAUUCACACGCUGGAGGACAUUAAAAAGCUGGACCGAUUCAAGGAGCCCCCGGCAUUUGGGCCGAUGUGCGACCUGCUGUGGUCUGACCCACUGGAGGAUUUUGGAAAUGAAAAACCGAAUGAAGAGCACUUUACGCACAACUCGGUGCGAGGCUGCUCUUACUUCUAUUCAUACGGAGCCUGUUGCGAGUUUUUACAGCAAAACAAUUUGCUCUCUAUCAUUCGAGCUCACGAGGCACAGGACGCAGGGUACCGAAUGUACCGCAAGUCGCUGGUCACCGGCUUUCCCUCGCUCAUCACCAUCUUCUCUGCGCCGAACUACUUGGACGUGUACAACAACAAGGCGGCCAUUUUGAAGUACGAGAACAAUGUGAUGAACAUUCGCCAAUUCAACUGUUCACCGCAUCCCUACUGGCUGCCCAACUUCAUGGACGUCUUCACCUGGUCGUUGCCUUUUGUCGGCGAGAAGGUGACCGAGAUGCUGGUGAACGUGCUCAACAUUUGCUCCGACGACGAGCUCAUCAACGAGGGCGAGGACAUGGACAACGAGGCCGAUGCAACAGCUCGCAAAGAGGUCAUACGAAACAAGAUUCGCGCAAUCGGCAAGAUGGCACGCGUCUUCAGUGUACUGCGCGAGGAGAGCGAAAGUGUCCUCCAACUGAAGGGUCUCACGCCCACUGGCACACUGCCGCUGGGCGCAUUGUCCGGGGGCAAGAAUACACUUCGAAAUGCGCUGGCUGGAUUCUCGCCUAAUCACAAGAUUGCCAGCUUCGAGGAGGCCAAGGGUCUGGAUAAGAUGAACGAGAGGAUGCCGCCAAGGAAGGAGGCACCGCCUCCGCCGCCAGGAGGUGGCGGAUCGGCUGGCAAGAGCAGUGCACCGGCCGAUGACUCCAGUGCGACUCAGUGA